UCAGUCAUUGCAAAAGAAAGUAGCUGGGCUGGGAAGCGGUCUGGUAUGUUUUGCCAUUGAGACACUUUCUUUACCUAAGUAAAGUAAUCCCGUCUGGAUCCCGAACUUCACGCCAGGGAUGAAUUGAACCUGUCGGGUUGAACUGAUUUUUCCGCACAAUAACACGCCGCUUGUUUCUAGUACAGUACCACCACAAUGGAUAGUUGCUGAACAGCAUCGUUGAUAUUUGCACAUGCUACGGUCGGCAGAGGAUGGAGCUCUUCCAAGCCAAAGAUCACUAUAUUUUGCAAAGUGGAGAGAAGGCGCUCUGGUGUAGUAGAAAGGAUGGGUCGAUGGUCGUCAGACCCGCCACUGACCUGCUGCUAGCCUGGAACCCCAUCUGUCUGGGGCUGGUGGAAGGACUCCUCGGCAAGAUCCAGCUUCACAGCGACCUCCCUUUGGGCCUGAUCCUAAUCCGUCAGAAAGCCCUGGUGGGAAAGCUGCCCGGCGACCAUGAAGUCUAUAAAAUCACAAAAAUCGUCGUAAUCCCUCUUUCGGAUGAUGAGCCGCAGGAUUUAGAGCUGGAGCUGUGUAAGAAGCACCAUUUUGGGAUUAACAAACCUGAGAAGAUCACCCAAUCUCCAGAUGAGUCCAAGUUUCUGCUCAAGACCCUCAGUCAGAUUAAAUCCAAUGUGGGCGUUCCCAUAAAGAAGAAGGUCAAAGAAAACAAGGAGAAGGAGCGUCUGGAGCGGCGGUUGCUGGAGGAAUUGUUUAAAAUCUUCAUGGACUCGGACUCCUUUUACUACAGCUUGACCUACGACCUGACAAACACCGUUCAGAGGCAGAACGACGGGGAGAAAACCGAUAAGCCACUCUGGCAGCGGGUGGAUGACAGAUUUUUUUGGAACAAACACAUGAUCCAGGAUCUCAUUAACUUGAAUGACGUGCAGGCGGACUCCUGGAUUCUGCCUAUCAUCCAAGGGUUUGUGCAGGUGGAGGAGAUGGUGGUGAACUACAGUGACAGUUCUGACGAGGAGAAGAGCAGCCCUGAGACCCCUCUCCAGGAGCCCCCCUGUGUGGACGACAUCCACCCCCGCUUCCUGGUAGCACUCAUCUCCCGGAGGAGCCGGCACCGCGCAGGGAUGCGCUAUAAACGACGAGGAGUCGACAAGAACGGCAAUGUGGCCAAUUAUGUUGAAACGGAGCAGUUGAUCCAUGUGCACAACCACACCCUGUCCUUCGUGCAGACUCGUGGCUCCGUGCCUGUGUUCUGGAGCCAGGUGGGGUAUCGGUACAAUCCCCGGCCUCGACUGGAAACAGGAGAAACUGAGACCAUUCCUUACUUUGCUGCUCAUUUUGAAGAGCAGCUGAAGAUCUACAAGAAGCAGGUUAUCAUCAACUUGGUGGACCAAAGCGGGAGGGAGAAGCUGAUCGGAGACGCGUACCUGAAGCAAGUGCUACUCUACAACAACCCCAACCUUACCUACGUGUCCUUCGAUUUCCACGAGCACUGCCGUGGGAUGAAGUUUGAAAAUGUCCAGACCCUCGCCGACGCCAUUGGUGACUUAAUCACAGAUAUGAAGUGGGGCUGGGUGGACCAGGCUGGGGUGAUCUGCCGGCAGGAGGGCCUGUUCCGAGUGAACUGCAUGGACUGCCUGGAUCGCACCAAUGUGGUGCAGGCGGCUAUAGCUCGCGUGGUCAUGGAACAGCAGGAAAAAGAAAACGGUGACUGCUGUCACGCAAACGCAACGGAGAAGCCUGAGCCAGACCUAGGGGCCGUGGAGGUGCGAGCAAAAAAUCUCGACGCGGACACGCGAACAAGGGCUUGA